AUGGCGAAGGAGGAAACUGCUGCGUCACUGAAAGAUCGGCCUUCAUCUGCCCACGGCCUUGAAUGUGACAGAAGAAUAGUUCUUGUGGGGAGGACCGGCAGUGGCAAAAGCUCUGCAGCCAACACAUUACUGGGGAGAAAUGCAUUUUGGGUGGAAACUUCGCCCUGUUCGCUCACCUCCAAGUGCACAAAACAAAGCGGACAGCGAGACAAGUGGAGCAUUUCUGUGGUGGACACCCCUGGCUUCUACCACACUAGUAUGUCCCUUCAGGAGGUCAUAGACGAAAUGGGACAAUGCAUUAAACUCUACUCACUUGGACCCCAUGUUUUUAUACUCACUCUUCAGAUUGGCAAAUUCAGUCGAGAAGAGAAGGACUGCUUGGACUGGAUUAAGGCAACUUUUGGAUCCGGUGUUUUGAAGUAUGUUUUAGUUUUGUUCACUCGUGGAGAGCAGCUCAAGGGAAAACCGAUAGAGGAUUAUGUUGCAGACUGCGUUGAGUUGUUAGAGUUUGUCACUAGCUGUCAUGGAGGCUUUCAUGUCUUUGAUAAUAGCAAAACUGAAGGUUCAGAGCAGGCAGUGGCCCUCAUGAAGAAGAUAGACACAUUGGUGGCUGCAAAUGAUGAUGGCUAUUAUACCAGAGAGAUGUUUAAAGAAGCCGAGCGGGCCCUGUCAGAAAUUCAACAGAGAAUGAUGGGUGAAAAUGCAGGUGAGCAGAAGCUGCAAGCAGAGGGAGUUGGAGUAAAGCCGGACGAAGAGGAGGCCAGAAAACGAGCAGAGAGACUUUUCUGGUGUGAGCUGAUGACGGCGAUGGGCAAAGGUGCCGUGGAAGGAGCAGGGAUUGUGGGUAAAAACAAGGGGAAAGGAAAAAUGGUGAAGAAAGUCGCUGCUUUAGCUGCAUCUCCGCUUUCCAUAAGUUCAGCAGCAAAAGCGGUCGAAGGAGCCGUGAGAGAAGGAACCAAAGUCUUGUACAAGCACCGCAAAACCUUCUUGCAUUGA